CAAAUACAAUGUUGAUGAAGGAGUACCGCAUCUGCAUGCCUCUCACAGUGGAGGAGUACCGCGUGGGACAGCUGUAUAUGAUCAGCAAACACAGCCAUGAGCAGAGCGAGCGCGGGGAGGGCGUUGAGGUCGUCCAGAAUGAACCCUAUCAAGAUCCAGAGCAUGGGGAAGGCCAGUUCACAGAGAAACGAAUCUACCUCAACAAUAAGUUGCCGAGUUGGGCCAGAGCUGUCGUCCCCCGGAUUUUCUAUGUCACUGAAAAGGCUUGGAAUUAUUAUCCAUACACGAUUACAGAGUACACAUGCUCCUUUCUGCCCAAGUUCUCCAUCCACAUCGAAACUAAGUAUGAAGACAACAAAGGCAACAAUGACCAUAUCUUUGGCGGGGAGCCCAGAGAGGAGGAAACCGAAGUGUGCGUCGUGGAUAUUGCUUACGACGAGGUCCCGGAGCGCCACUACAAAGAGGCAGAGGAUCUGCGUUAUUUCAAGUCCAAAAAGACUGAGCGCGGUUUGCUUCCAGAGGGAUGGAUGGACACCCAGGACCCCAUCAUGUGUUCCUACAAACUCGUCACGGUCAAGUUUGAAGUGUGGGGAUUACAAACUCGGGUGGAACAGUUUGUACACAAGGUGAUUCGAGAUGUGUUGCUGUUAGGACACAGGCAAGCCUUCGCCUGGAUUGAUGAGUGGAUAGAUAUGACCAUGGAAGAGGUCCGUGAGUAUGAACGAGCCACACAAGAAGCCACAAACCAAAAAAUUGGCUCAUUCCCUCCAGCCAUCUCCAUUACCGAGACCCCAUUACCAAUGAACUCCCGCAAUGGUCCCAACAGCGCUCCCUCCACACCCCUCACCACCGAAGCACCCGAUUUCCUCUCUGUCCCCAAAGAGCGACCCAGGAAGAAGUCAGCACCUGAGACUUUGACCCUGCCUGAUCCAGGACGGCGGGACUCCCUUUUUAAGCUACCCAGUUUUUUCUCGUGGAAUUCCAGUCCACAGCCCGAAUGAGAACAGGCGGGUGACCAAGCCAGUGUUGUAUCUCUAAAUGUCCCGUGGAUCAGAGGAGGAUGACUGCACAGCACAUCUCCUAAACGCCCCUCUGCCAGCUCCGGUGAAGCAGACUUUUCACUGCCCUGGUGAUCCUAGCUCCCCCCGCGCUCCAGAAGACAUGCCGGUGACGCUGAUACAUGCCAGAUACUGCUGUCUGAAAGCUGAUGAGGCACGCAACCUAUAGAGGAGAGGUUCUUCCACAGAAAUCAUCAGAGAGUUUUUGCUGCAUAAAUUCAACAAUAGUUUACAUUCCUACUAG